CACCAUAUUAACAAUGCUCAGGAGAUGCAGAUGCGAGAGUUUCAGGUGGCUGAGUGCUGUGCUCCUUUCUCUGGUUCAUGGAAACAACUUCAGUCAACAGUUCCAGGAGAGGCCACCCUGUCAGCCAGGUUUCUACUGCCCUUUGGGGAGCUUUACCCCAGUGCCUUGUCCCAAAGGAACCUAUGGGCCAAUUGCUGGUGCUGUGUCCACUGACAGCUGUCUGAAGUGUCCUCCUCACCACUACUGUCCUAGAACAGGCCUGUCUGCCUCCCUGCCCUGCGGCCCUGUGGCUCAGCAGCCUCUGUCUGGUCAGGAGGCCUGUGUCUGUCCGGGAGAGGGACAGAGUUUCCAGACCAGUGAUGGGCAGUGCCGCUGCACCAUCGGCUACCAACCUGCCAACCAGGGAGAUGCAUGUGUACACAAACUGUACGAUGUCUGUAGAGACGGGAAAACACGCACACAGUAUGGAGACUGCCUGGACAGAUAUCAGUGGUCACUUCAGUGCAGGCAGCAGGUGUGUCAGUCUGCAGAGGACUACAGGGGUUAUGAUGGAGAGCUGGGUCUGUGUGUUUGCAGAGAGCCUCCUGGAAGAGCUGCGUGUGCGAGCCUGUGCAGGACAAGGCCAGCCUCUGAGCUGGAACUCCACUGCCAGUCCAGUGGAGACAUGGAGCUGAUUUGGAGUUAUGAUGGUCAGGUGUCGAGCGUCUCAGGCAGCGUGCUGGAGACGUUUUUUAAACAGUGGGACUCCCCGGGGACUUCUCUGUGCGGCAGCUAUCUUAACUCCUCACAUGCUGUGUACAUUGUUCAGACAACAGAGGCAGGUUUCUUCGGCCUCCUCGACGGCCUCCCGAAGGAAGUGCAGCAACUGUUUCCUGUCACCACACAGCAGGACACUCAGAGCUCAGCGGAAGGAGAUUCUGAUGUUCUGUGGAAGGAUGUCGAAGCUGCAAAUAUCAGUCUUGUAAGGAGAGAAAUUAAUUCCAGCAGAAGUAAUGAAGAAGCGAGAGAAACAAGUCUAAAUGGAGUUUUGAACCCCACAACAUGUCUCCAUUUGAGCGACGUUCUACUGUUCACUGUUGACACACGUCACUAUCCUCAGUAUGAUCUUGACAACUUGUACAACACAAACGGUGAUUUCGACUGGGGUGCAUUCAGACAGCUCACAGAAGAGCUGACUCUGUCUUGGACUCCUCCCAGCUUCUUUGCGGUGGUGUUUAGCCAGCCUGGAGUUUAUGUUUUUACACUGAGCAGCCAUCGGCACAAACACAUGUAUGUGCGGGUGAUGCCUGCAGGCGGCCAGUGUUACGAGCCUGGUCCCUUCUUCCCCACCAUACCUCGUCAUGUUACCAGGGUGGGAAUCAGCAGGAGACGCAACCUGUUACUGAGGCCAGAUUGGCUGGUGACGGGAGGGCUGCUAUUUGGAGCUGUGGUCAUCCUCUGUUCAUGUGUUACACUGCUGGUUAGUGAACAUACACAGAACACAAAUACAUUGCAAGGCUUUUGA